GACAUCCCAUGCAUCGCGGGCAGCAGGAGCCUAAUCGAGCGCCCUCACCACUCCCAAUCCCCUCCAUAUUUCGGUGCGAAUCAGACGAACCCUGGACAGCGGGUGGCUGGCACGAGCGAAAGUUUAAUCGAGUGCUCACACCGCCCACUCCAGGUCUCCGUUCCUAUUCUGGUGUGUUUCCCCUGAGCCCCGAUCUUAGUGGCCCGUCCAAGCUAUCCGCCGAACCUCGUCGUUUCAGCACAGUGGCCCGGGAAGCCCAGCCCGCUACAGCAGGAGCCAUGGCUACUCAGCGGCAGCAGCAGCAGCACCACGCGGCUCGGAAGAGAGAAGAGGCGGAAGCAGGAGUAGAACUCACACUCCAGGAAUAGAGAUUUCAGGAGUAAGCGAAGAACAUGGGGAGCCUCAGCUUGCGAUCCCAAACCUCACGCCUGGUUCCAACGAGCAUCAGCUUGGGAUCCGAACCCCCGUGCCGCCUAAGAUGCCUUCCCCUCGGCUGGCUCCUUCCCCCCGUGUGCAGAGGCUGUUGCAACACAUGUGGGGGGAUGUGGGCGAUGGGAAUGAAGCUGCAUAGGAGCUCUACAGGAGAGGUGUCAAGUAUGAUACAGGAUCUAGGGCAUCAGAUGUCAACUUAUAUAUAUUAUUUUUAGUAUAUAGUUGUGUAGGCUUGGUAGGUUAGGUGUGUUAAAGUAGUACUAGGCUAGGAGGAAGUGAAAGGAGGCCGCCAUGGUUGUGGCGGCGGGGUUUAGCUAGGAGAGUAGGAAAAAUGUCGAGAGGAAAGAGAGUUGGAUUAGGAAGAGAGAGGAGU